CAACCUUGAAGUCUUCAGGGCCUGGGCAAAGGCGAGUGGGAGGUAUGAGGGGUGCCCCGAAGAUCCGGCCAAGUGGAAGACCAACUUCCGCUGCGCCCUGAGGAGCACCCGCAUGUUCGUGCUGUUGGAGGACCGCUCCAAGUGUGGAGACGACCCGCACAAGGUCUUUGCCAUUGCCUCAGGUGAGCUUGGCCCUGGUGCGGGCUCUGCUGGGGGCAGCAGCAACUCCACACAGCCCCAGACGCUGGAGGACCUGGAGGUGCUUCAGUGGGUGCUGCAGCAGUGCGACAUCUCCCCUCGCGACCUUGGCACCCCAACCCCAUCCUGGACGCCUGCAGAGGAUGCCCCCCACCAGGACACCCUGCUCCAGCCUCACCCAAACCCCAGCCAAAACAACUACCUCCCGCAGCUGACAUUUCACCAAUGGGUGCCCACAGUGGAGCAGCCCCCUGUGGGGACCUACAGCCCCCCGGACCCCAUGCUGCUGGAGGCACGAGAUGGCAUCGUCCCCAUCCUGGACGUCAGCAUCUACUACCGGGGGAAGCUCUUCCACCAGGAGGAGGUGGGGGGCAGGCAGUGCCUGCUGGUGUACCAGCCCUCCGACCCCGCGGUGGCCCAGCGCCCAGGGCACCUGGUGCGCUUCCCCAGCCCUGCCGAGCUGGCUGACAGCAAGCAGCGGCGUUACACUGAGGAGCUGCUGGGCAGCGUGGGGCUGCAGCUGGAGCAACGCGCCCGCAAGCUCUUUGCCACCCGCCUGAAGAAGUGCAAGGUCUUCUGGGCCCUGUCCCAGCAGCUCGAGGGCAUCGGGGACCCCCCGGCCAAUCUGCUCUGCCGAGACAAGGAAACCCCCAUCUUUGACUUCAAUGAGUUUUGCACAGAGUUGAGGGACUUCCGCAACAGACAGAGGCAGCGCUCCCCUGACUUCACCAUCUACCUCUGCUUCGGGCAGUCCUUCUCCAAGGCCAAGCCUAAGGAGUCCAAGCUCAUCCUGGUCAAGCUGGUGCCCAAGUUCUGCGAGUACUGGUACGAGCAGGUGCUGCGGGAGGGGGCCUCUUCCCUGGACAGCGGCACCGUCAGCCUGCAGCUCUCCGACUCCUUCAGCCUCUUCGAGCUCAUUGAGCAGUGCACCAUGCAGAUGGACUGA